CGCCACGUCGGACAUCAUUGCGGCGAUGGACCAAGCCAUAUCGGACGGCGUGGAUGUCAUCUCCCUCUCUUUGGGCUUCGACUUGGUCCCCCUCUACAAGGAUCCCAUCGCCAUAGGCGCCUUCGCCGCCAUGGAGAAGGGGAUAUUCGUCACGACCUCGGCGGGCAACAGAGGCCCGAGUUUACGGGUCCUGCACAAUGGGACCCCAUGGGUCAUCACCAUCGGUGCCGCAACUGUCGAUAGAGAAUUCGUUGGAAUUAUCGAUCUCGGAGAUGGUAGCUCCAUCGUCGGGCAAUCACUGUACCCUGGAAGGUCAUCUCCCAUCAAGCAUCCAUUGCCCUUGGUAUUCAUGGGGUCUUGUGGCAACGAGACCUUGCUGAAGAAUGUGCGUCACAACAUGGUGGUAUGUGAUGCCAAGGUUUCUCUUGGCUUUGCCAUCUUCCAAGUUCAGUCUGCUAAAGUGGAUGCCGCCCUCUUCAUAUCACAAGACAUCUUCAAGGACUUGGAGAGCCGAUUCUCAUUCCCCGGGGCUAUCAUUAGCCCCCAAGAUGGAACCAUCUUGGAGUACAUAAAUAAAAACCAAGACCCAAGAGCCAUGAUAAGGUUCCGGGAGACCAUUCUGGGCACAAAGCCUGCCCCAGUGGUGGCUGUCUACACUUCCAGAGGGCCAUCCAUGAGCUGCCCAACUGUGCUGAAGCCGGACAUCGUGGCUCCUGGAUCCUUGAUCCUAGCAGCUUGGGCGCAGAAUUCAUCGGUCGGGUUCGACAGGUCUCAUGAAUUGUUUAGCCCAUUCAACAUCAUAUCUGGAACAUCUAUGGCGUGUCCUCAUGCAGCAGGCAUAGCUGCAAUGAUCAAGGGUGCAAGGCCGGAUUGGAGCCCGGCGGCCAUUCGAUCCGCAUUGGUGACCACCACAAACCAAUUGGACAACACCAUGACACCAAUUAAAGACAUGGGGGAUGCUAAUCAGCCGGCGAGUCCGCUCGCUAUGGGGUCCGGUCACAUUGAGCCCAACAGGGCACUUGAUCCUGGUCUUGUCUAUGAUGCUAGCACCGAUGACUAUGUGAGACUCUUAUGUGCCAUGAAUUAUACCGUCGAGCAGAUAAAGACGAUCACUAGGAGUUAUUCGUCCGAUUGCUCGAAUGCAACUUUAGAUCUCAAUUAUCCAUCAUUCAUUGCAUUCUUUGACCCUAACAAGACUGCUACUAGAGAUAAGUUUGUUCAAGAGUUCCGAAGAACGGUGACAAAUGUUGGAGAUGCAGCGGCGACCUAUUACUCCAAGGUGGUCGCUAUGAAGGGGUUCUCAAUCACUGUCAUGCCAGAUAUGUUGGUUUUUCACGAAAAAUAUGAGAAGAAAAGUUUCACUAUCAUUAUUGAGGGCCAGAUGGGGAAGAAGAAGGAUGAGGUUCUUCAUGGUUCAUUAAGUUGGGUCGAUGAUAAAGGGAAGUAUGUGGUGAGGAGUCCUAUAGUGGCAACUACCAUCACCUCAGCCCGGUUGUAGAUCGUAAGGAGGAGUAUUACCAUGCCUCCUCUUCUUGUCUUUACCUUCUUAUGUGUUAUGUUGUAACCAAAGUUUAAUUUGCAAGCAUCUAGUAAAUUCCCUAGUA